AUGCCCUCCCCUGACCCCAAGCGCCAGCUGCGCGCGACCGCGUCCGUCGAGUCGACGGCAGAGACGUACGGCCGGCGCCAUGGGAUCCCAGACGACGUGCAGGCUGCACUGCAGAACGUCGGCUGGCGGAGUCGCCAGGCCGUGGCAAUGGGCGCGCCAGGCGCCGGCCGCUCCCUCCAACCCACGCAGUCCCUCCCCGCCCUCCCCGGCAGCUUCAUGACCGCGCACCAGACGUACGCGCACGCCCAGUCGAUCAUCGACAAGGAGGCGAGCCGGCAGCACGAGCUGCAGCCCAUGGCGUUUGGCUCGCCCGCCCAAUCGGCGGCAGUCAACAACCUCGGGCUGUCGCCCCGCCGCGAGCGGAGCCUGAGCUUCACGCCUGAUGGAGAGGCGCAGGUGCGUGGCCUGAAGCGGCGCGACGACGACGAGGAGGGGAGCGGGACGGAUGUCGAUGACGACGUUGUGCUCCCUGCGCCUAGCACGCCGAUUACUGCUGCCACCGCUGGCGCGGACGACUUCCCCGCCGUCUUCACGUCGCCAGUCAUCUCGCAGCCCGAGCUGUUCCGCCCCCCGCCAGGCACCAUGGCGCCGCCGCCGCUGCCGGGGCGCGCGACCCGCAGCCUGCCUCGCCGCGGGUUCUCCAAGACGGUUUCGGCGCCCGUCGGCCGGCUCGGCACGUUCUCAGGCAUGGACGUUGACAUGCCGUUUGUUGUUGGCGCGCCCGCCGGCUUCGCGCCCGCCGGCUUCGCGCCCGCCGGCUUCGCGCCCGAGGGGGCUGCUGCGCAGGAGGAGCAGGAGGAGGACGGGUUCGACGUUGCCGAGUGGGCAAGCAGCGAGAACUUUUAG